CCCGCCACUCGUCCCCGCCGCGGCCGCGCCGCCUGCAGCAGCCGCCGCUCCUCCCUGGCGGCCGCCCCCCGCGGGUCCCUCCCUGGCUGCGGUAGAGACGGAGGUGGAGGGAGGACACAGAGCCGCGCCGCCCGCACCGGAGACCUUCGCCUCGCCCUGCCUGCUCCUCGCCCUCUGGGAGGAACAUGGAUAAUCUCAGUGAUACCUUGAAGAAGCUGAAGAUAACAGCUGUUGACAGAACUGAGGAUAGUUUAGAAGGAUGCUUGGAUUGUCUGCUUCAAGCCCUGGCUCAGAAUAAUAUGGAAACAAGUGAAAAAAUCCAAGGAAGUGGAAUACUUCAACUCUUUGCAAGUCUGUUGAUUCCACAGUCUUCCUGCACAGCCAAAGUAGCUAACAUCAUAGCAGAAGUAGCCAAAAAUGAAUUUAUGCGAAUUCCGUGUGUGGAUGCUGGAUUGAUUUCACCACUGGUGCAGCUGCUACAUAGCAAAGACCAGGAAGUGCUGCUGCAAACAGGCAGGGCUCUAGGAAACAUCUGUUAUGAUAGCCAUGAGGGCAGAAGUGCAGUUGGCCAAGCAGGUGGUGCACAGAUUGUAAUUGACCAUUUAAGGUCACUGUGCAGUAUAACAGACCCCGCCAGUGAGAAGCUCUUGACUGUCUUUUGUGGCAUGCUGAUGAACUAUAGCAAUGAGAAUGAUUCCCUACAGGCUCAGCUUAUCAAUAUGGGUGUUAUUCCUACUUUAGUGAAAUUACUGGGCAUCCACUGCCAAAAUGCAGCCCUUACAGAAAUGUGUCUUGUUGCAUUUGGUAAUUUAGCAGAACUUGAGUCAAGUAAAGAACAGUUUGCCAGUACAAACAUUGCUGAAGAGCUGGUAAAACUCUUCAAGAAACAAAUAGAACAUGAUAAGAGGGAAAUGAUUUUCGAAGUUCUUGCUCCACUGGCAGAAAAUGAUGCUAUUAAACUACAGCUGGUUGAAGCAGGUCUGGUAGAAUGUCUACUAGAGAUUGUUCAGCAGAAGGUGGAUAGUGACAAAGAGGAUGAUAUUGCUGAGCUCAAAACUGCAUCAGAUCUAAUGGUUUUAUUACUUCUUGGAGAUGAAUCCAUGCAGAAGUUAUUUGAAGGAGGAAAAGGUAAUGUGUUUCAAAGGGUGCUGUCCUGGAUUCCAUCAAAUAACCACCAGCUACAGCUUGCUGGAGCAUUGGCAAUUGCAAAUUUUGCCAGAAAUGAUGGAAAUUGUAUCCAUAUGGUAGAAAAUGGAAUUGUAGAAAAACUUAUGGAUUUACUGGACAGACAUGUAGAAGAUGGAAAUGUAACUGUACAGCAUGCAGCACUAAGUGCCCUCAGAAACCUGGCCAUUCCAGUUGUAAAUAAAGCAAAGAUGUUAUCAUCUGGGGUCACAGAGGCAGUUUUGAAAUUUCUGAAAUCUGAGAUGCCCCCAGUUCAGUUCAAGCUUUUGGGAACAUUAAGAAUGUUAAUAGAUGCACAAGCAGAAGCUGCUGAACAACUGGGAAAGAAUGUUAAAUUAGUGGAGCGUUUGGUGGAAUGGUGUGAAGCCAAAGAUCAUGCUGGUGUGAUGGGGGAGUCAAACAGACUGCUCUCUGCCCUCAUACGACACAGUAAAUCAAAAGAUGUAAUUAAAACCAUUGUACAGAGCAGUGGCAUCAAGCAUCUAGUUACCAUGGCAACUAGUGAACAUGUAAUAAUGCAGAAUGAAGCCCUUGUUGCUUUGGCACUAAUAGCAGCUUUAGAAUUGGGCACUGCAGAAAAAGAUCUAGAAAGUGCUAAGCUUGUACAGAUUUUACACAGACUGCUAGCAGAUGACAGAAGUGCUCCUGAAAUCAAAUAUAAUUCCAUGGUCCUGAUCUGUGCUCUCAUGGGAUCUGAAUCUCUACACAAGGAAGUACAGGAUUUGGCCUUUCUAGAUGUUGUAUCAAAAUUGCGCAGUCAUGAGAACAAAAGUGUUGCCCAACAGGCCUCUCUCACAGAGCAGAGACUUACUGUGGGAAGCUGAGAACCGCCCUUCCUUGGUACAUGGCAUCGUCCAGUCUCUGCUUCCCCCUCUGUUCUCCACCCAGCUGCCUCUUCUGCUUCAUUCUCUCCCAUAUCACUUGUGCAUGCGUGGGAUGUUCCAAUACCAGCUGAUGGACUGCUGUAGGUACCUGCCCAAUAAGAUUUCCAAAUCCAUAGUUAGUGUGAACAUGAAUUUGCUAAGAAACAAGUCUCCACCCAUAACUGUUCUCUUGUAUUCCUGUUGCUUGAGCUACACUAAGUAGAAUGUGCAUGUUGUAGUCCUAUGAUGCCGUAAAACUUGGUACUACAUAAUGACUUGCUCCUCACACUUGGUAAACUACAUAAUAAUGUACUGGUAAAUUAGACACAAGAAUGCAGCAGGAUCAGUCUAGCUUAUUAAAGGAGUGGAAUAAUAAAAAUAGCUCCAUUUUUUUGGUGCUUGGAAAGCACAGUGACCAACAAAACUGUAUGGCUGCUCAUUCAUUAGUCUUACUACUGUCAAAUCCAUGGUAGCUAGAGUUAAAUAAAAUCCAGUGCUCUCACUGGAUUUUUUACCCUAUGGUUUCUCCUUCCUAACUAUGUAGAUUCUUGAAAGUGCCACAAAUGUGGCAAGACUUCCUGAGGUUUUUUUAUUUCAUAUUUAAUUGUCAUCAAUAACCUAAUGUUGAAAACUUCUGUAGUUUUCAACAUGAAACUAAGGGUUUGAAGAAUCUCUAUGAUACUAGUACAUCUUGUUUUUGCCUGUAUUUUAGACUCGUUGGUAUAUGUAAGGUUCACCUCAGAACUUCAUCUGUCAAUUCAUCAGCAGUGUCGAACACUUUAAAAGUUAUGUGGCAUGUGUUUCCAACUGAGGAAAUUGACUAUAGCACACUGAAGAAUGAAUUCUUAUUUUUUGCUGUUUUUCAUCAUUUAGCUUGAAAGCAAGAAGUUUCCUCUGUUGUAGUCCUUUUAAAUCUUAUAUUAGAACCUGAAGGACAUAGGAAAAGAUUAAGAAAUAAGUUUUUCUAGACUAAAAAAA